CACAAUGUCUCUUAUUUUUUUUGGCUGGCAAGUAUUCAGUGAUGAUAAAAAGCACCUGAAAUCUGGUCAACAGCCCAAACGAGGCCAUGGAUAUACAAUGUACCAUGGAACCCAUAAGAGCAAUGCAAAAGCAAUCAUCACUUCUGGUUUCAGGCCAUCCUCGGGUGGAACUUUGGGCGCUGGGGUAUACUGCAGUAGGGAUAUCAACAAAGCAAGUAGCUACCCAGCAUUCUGCAGUACCAAUGACAGAGUGAUCCUUCAGCUCAAUGUAAGAGUAGGAAAAGUUAAAAAAAUUGACCAAGGAAGCCCACUCCAACUAAUGUGGCAUCAAAAUGGGUAUGAUACAGCUUGGCUACCCCCUGUGAAUGGAAUGUGGGAAGAAGACUGUGUUUGGGACCCUAAAAGAAUUACUGUUGUUGGCAUUGCCCAUUGCACAGACUCUAGUCUCAAGACGGAACUAGAAAAACUAAUAAAGCAGAACGGGAAGAGUCAUCCCAAAGAAAACUGUCAACUCUGUGGAAAAGGAAACCAUAUGCCUCAUCCCAUUCUGAAGUGCGGGGGGUGCAGUAAAGUGAUAUGCCCAUUUAUCAACAGGCAUGUGUGUAAACGGAGGAAUUAGAGGUGUUGUAUACUGUGAUAUUGUAUACAACACAUAUUUUAGCCAUUCGGUGUCCUAGUACAGUCUUAAGAUGACUACAGACAAUGCUCUACUACAGUCUCAAGAACAGCAAAGUUAGACUGCUACUUAUUUUAUAGUAGAUGUUCUAUCUACAUAAAAAAAAAAUGAAGGGAUGCAGUCCAACAGCACAAUUGUUUGCUUAUAUAUAAUAAUGCAAAUGUAAUUAAGCAAUGUAAAAAUUAGUCUGACAUCUUUUUUCUAUGGGUCUGUGAUAGCUUAUUGAAUAGUAGCUUACUGAAAAUUAGUACUAAUUCAAAAUUUGAAAUUUCACAAUGUUGAGAACUCAAAAGUAGCUACUAAUAGCAUGCAUGUGCUACAUAUGUACACAAUACCAUUACACAGCUAGUCAGAAAACAGUAUCACUGUACUUUUAGUGAAACUCAGAAGUGAAGGCUAGCAUAUGUCAAUGGGGCCACAACUUUUUUUUUUGGGGGGGGGGGGUACCAAGUACAAUUAUCUAUACAUACAGGAGAGCAUUUUGACAACAUUUCAUAGCUUUGACAUGUCAGUACUUGCUGUAUUGCUGUAUAGACAUUUCAACACGGCCCAUUCAAUUUUAUGACUUUCAGUAUGUUCUUUUCAGUAAAUUGAUAUGGGCCCUUUUUUUAUAUACAUACAUACAAGUGGAUAAAGAAAUAACUGAGAUAGUUAUAUACACACACACACACAC